AUGCCCUUCACGACCACUCUCCUUACGGGUCUGGGCCUGCUUGCUCAAUUGAGUGCUGCCGGCUACACGUUGCAGGACGAUUACGGCACCGACAAUUCCUUUUUCAACCAGUUCGACUUCUAUACCGGACAAGACCCUACCGACGGCUUCGUGAGCUACGUCGAUCAAUCGACCGCCAGUAGCAACGGCCUCAUCAGCACCGGUGGCGGCUCCGUGUACAUUGGCGUGGACCACUCCAACACCGCCACCACCGGCCGCCAGAGCGUGCGGCUGCAAAGUACCAAUACCUACACCCACGGUCUGGUGAUUCUGGAUCUGGAGCACAUGCCCGGUAACGUCUGCGGCACCUGGCCCGCCUUCUGGAUGGUUGGCAGCAAUUGGCCCAACAACGGCGAGAUUGACAUCAUCGAGGGUGCCAACACCCAGUCCGUCAACCAGAUGACCCUGCAUACCAGCGACGGCUGCUCCGUCGGCAACUCUGGCUUCACCGGCUCCGUCUACACCAGCAACUGCUACGCCGAGGCCUCGGGCCAGACUCCCAACGCGGGCUGUGCCGUCCUGGACAGCAGCACCCAGUCCUACGGUGACGGCUUCAACCAGGCCGGCGGCGGUGUCUACGCUACCGAGUGGAACAGCGAUAACAUCAACAUCUGGUUCUUCCCCAACUCCAGCGUCCCUUCCGACAUCACCAGCGGCAGCCCUGACCCUUCGGGCUGGGGUACCCCCGCCGCCAGCUUCGGUGGUAGCAGCUGUGACAUCGACUCGCACUUCAGCGAGCUGCAAAUCGUUUUCGACAUCACCUUCUGCGGCGUCUGGGCCGGUGACGUCUGGUCCUCCGGCAGCUGUGCCUCCAAGGCCAGCACCUGCAACGAUUACGUGUCGGACAACCCCUCCGAGUUCCAGCAAACCUACUGGGAAAUCAACUCUCUCAAGGUCUACCAGGACAGCAGCUCCUCCAAGCGCGACUCCAUCCCCCAACCCCACGCCAAGGCACACGUCCGUGCCGACGUCAACGAGCCCAUCGAGGAGCCCAAGUCUACGAUCGAGCGCUCGGCGCCGUACAUUCGCCCUGGUCCUCGCCCUGCCUGGAAGCACCGCCGUGAUGCCUUCAAGCACGGCCACAGCCACGGGCAAUAA